GGCCUCCAGUGCGCGUGCGCGGCGUUGCGGGCUGGUUUUCCCCUGCAGCCUGGACUUGGUACAGCCGGGCGGUUGGUGCGGUCCGCAGCUGCAGCCUGGGGCGCGCUUUUCAAAUCUUCCCCGACUUGCACCGAAAUGGAGGGGCGGCUGCAGAGGGGCCUCCCCGCGCAGCAGGACUGCAACAUCCGAGAGAAAAUAGACUUAGAAAUCCGAAUGCGAGAAGGAAUAUGGAAGCUGCUCUCCCUGAGUACAAAAAAAGACCAGGUUUUACAUGCAGUUAAGAACCUCCUGGUGUGCAAUGCUCGGAUAGAGGCAUACACGGCGGAGCUACGGAAGUCAGAGGAACAUAUUACAAGUCAAACUGGAAGACGUGAUGGGAGCUGUGAAAGUAGAGUGCGAAGAGCCUGCAAAGGGAAGAUUGCCCUGUCAGAUAUCCGAAUACCACUAAUGUGGAAAGACUCUGAUCACUUCAGUAAUAAAGAAUGCACACAACGCUUCGCCAUCUUUUGUUUAUUCAGGAUGGGAGCCGAAGUGUUUGAUACCGACAUGGUAGUUGUGGAUCAGACCAUCACAGAUAUAUGUUUUGACAACGUCACCAUAUUCAGCGAAGCAGGCCCAGACUUCCGGAUAAAGAUAGAAGUGUACAGCUGCAGUGCAGAGGACUCUUCCAUAACCAACACCCCUAAAAAGCUGGCUAAAAAGUUGAAGACGUCCAUCAGUAAAGCUGCAGGAAGGAAAAUAAGCUCAGCGCUUCAGGAAGAGACCCCAGAGGCAUGCUUGCUUGUCAGCUCCGUCGCGGGUACAAAGUACCAUUUGCUAGCUCACACCACCCUGACCUUGGAAAGUGCUGGGGACUGCUUCAAGACUCACAAUCUGUCUGUUCAUGGAGACGAGGACUGUUCCUUUUGGCUUCCCUUGUAUGGCAACGUGUGCUGCCGGUUAGUGGCCCAGCCAGCUUGUAUGACUGAAGAUGAAUUUGCGGGAUUCCUUAAUGAGCAGCAAACAGUAAAAGGUCUGGUUGGCUGGAGAAGGCUGUACUGUGCUCUGAGAGGGGGUAAACUCCACUGUUACUAUGGACCAGAAGAAAUUGAAGCUAAAGUGGAACCAGCUCUGGUGGUUUCCAUCGACAAGGAAACCAGAAUUCAGAUCAUGGAAAAGGAUGCAAAGAAAAUGCAUCAUUUCUCUGUGAUUAACACUAUUGCUGGGCGUGCGGUGCCUCACAUCUUUGCAGCUGACAGCCUAGAAGACCUUCAGGAAUGGAUGGGCGCCUUCCGGCAGCAUCUCUUUGAUCUUAGCCAAUGGAAACAUUGUUGUGAAGAACUUAUGAAAAUUGAGAUUAUGUCACCACGGAAACCACCUUUGUUCCUGACAAAGGAGGCGACCUCCGUGUACUACGAUAUGAGCAUCGAUUCACCUGUGAAACUUGAAAGUUUAACUGACAUAAUACAAAAGAAAAUUGAAGAGACUAAUGGGCAGUUCCUCAUUGGUCGGGAUGAAGCAUCCACACCACCCCCGUGGGCCGCAGUCUUUGAUGGCAAUCAUGAAAUGGUCAUCCAGAAGAAAGUGGUAUCCCCUUCAGACAAACCGGCCCCGGAAGGAAAAAGGAAAAAGAGGCGAGCGCCACUUCCGCCUACUGAUCAGCCACCCUUCAGCGUGAAGACACAGGGUGGCACAGAUCAAUCCAAGGACAGUGGGGCCCAGGCCAAUGUCUCCGAAGCCUCGCCUUCUGAUCCCAGACUGUCAACACCCAUGCAUCACCUCCAGAAACCAGUGGCUGCCCCUCGCAAACUUCUCCCUGCCAGGAAAAACAGUUCAGCUGAUGGUGAGCACACAGACACUAAAACCAGUUUUGAGGGCAAGCCAGUGCCGGCUCCAAGGCAGAAAUCCAUCAGGGACAUUCUGGAUCCUCGAUCAUGGCUGCAAGUACAAGUAUAGGAAGCCUUUACUGCCUAAAUCAAGCUGUAAAAGCUCGGGUUGGAGGCAUUAUACAUGUAAUGUUAUAUAAUUGUAUAGGUAAAGGCCAUAGCAAUUCCUAUAAAGCCAUUCAUAAGCUAUUAGAUAUAGAAAAGCACAUUUUAAUAGAGAAUUGAAUUUCUCUCUUACUUCUCAUUUCCAACACCACACAUACACACACACAGAGCAAGAGAGCAGUUUCUAGACAGUAUCCUAAUUGUUGGAAGGGUUAAUUUAUUCCUACGUUAGUAGCAGGCAGUGAAUAAUCGGUAGGCAGAAGAAAGCAUUGAUGUUUCCUUUGGAGAGAGAUCAUCUAGUAAUGUAGAAUGUGUUAAAUACAAGCCAUAUUCUCAUUGUGAGGGUUUUAAUACUUAAUGGAAUGUUUCAAAGGUUUUAUUCAAACCACAAAUUACAGAAUCCACCCAAGAAAAUCUCCCCUUCAGCUUUCUGGAAUUCUCAUCUAACGGUUCGCUGGCUCCCCUCUAUUGUUUAACAUGACGGUUUAUAGGCUUGACCUUUUAAAUUCCUGGGAUAAAUUUUAGAAUAUUAAAUUCUUUGUCUUUAACGGGAAUUUGUAAUCUGCUAUUCAGAGUCAUUUCCUUGAUGAGCCCUGAAAUCCUGUUGACUUUGCUGCUCAUCAGUGAGGCGCACGCUUAUUAGUGAGAAAAAUGGAUAUGAACUGCCCCACAUUGCUCGGCUUGCUGUAUGAUGUUAAUCUCCAUUGUGCCCUCUGGAGUUCGGGGAGGCAAGUAGCUGAUUAAUGUCUUGAAAUUUAUUUAAUGCUUAUUUUAAAAGCAGAUGACAGAUUCAAAAAUUAUCAGAAAAGUUGACUGUAGUAAUUUUCAGGAUUAAUCCUUUUUCAAAUUUUUAAUUAGAUUUCCCUUUUUUUGAGUAAGGGUUGAUGUCUGUUAUUGAUAUUAUUCAUUAAAAGUAAUAUCCAGUAAUAACAUUGGCAUCAUUUCCAUAGGAGGUAAUUUCCAUAGCAACUAAUCAUAGUGACCUAAACAGGAUUAUGAAUUGAAUGGGGGAUAAAUAGCAAGAGGAUGAAUAUCUUAAAUGGACAAAAAGAAAAAUCCACUUUUUAUAAUAACCCUCUUUGUAAACAAGAGCAGCAGAACGGUUUUAAAAUGUCAUCAGAAUUUCCAAGCCAAAUUUCCCAGAAGGUGUCAAACUCAGUCCUGAGAAUCUAGGACAGCCCAGGCCCUAACUGCCACCAUGCACCAGCAGGCUGUAGGAAGUAAACUACAGACAGAGCAUGAUCAGAACUCCAUCAGUGUGCAAUGAACGUUGGACCAACAAAAGACUAACAGAAUCUUUUAUCAUUUUUACAUAGCGGAGGGGGAUAUUUUUUGGUCUGUUUUGUCUUGUUUUUUAUUUUUCAUUUCUACACUGUGCUGUGAUUGUCAGGUAAUACAUACACUGUUGCUUGCCUGGGGACUCCCAGUGGGACCCAGGAACAGUGACACAUUAAGUCUCUGGUGACAGUGAUGCCAGAGCAGACAUAGCCCUUGGUAAAGGUAGAACUCUGGGUAGAGACUCCUACACCCAUGGAAACAUGAAGGGUAGAUGGAUGUGGGUUUUUUGUUUUGUAUUGUUUUGUUUAACUGGAAGGUUCUCAAACAUUUUGGUGGUGACUGACAUUUCAAUAAAUCGAAGUCCAAGUUA